CAUCAAUUAUAGAUGAAUCUUAUACAUCUCAAGAAGAUUUAUAUGAUGCUCUUCUUAAUACAUUUUUUCCAAUCAUUAUCGUAGUUUUAUUCAAUGUUAGAGAAGAAUCUGGACGAAUUAAAAAAGUGUUAUUACCAUUAUUAGAUGAUAUACUAUAUAAUAUUAUCACUUGGGUAAUUCCAAUAAUAGUUUCUUUUACCUAUGAUGACACGUUAGCAUGUGUAUUUAUACUUAUUCUAUCUUUGACGAGAAAUGUAUCUUACUAUACUUAUGAGGUGCCUGAUGAUUUAUUAGCUACUUCAACUGCAAUAGUUCAAAGUGCGAUGCGUGAAGGAAUAGAUUUUGUUAUGAAGCGUGAGGGUCAAGAUGAGGAUCAGCAAAAAUCAAUUGAUGUAAAAAUCAAAAAUAUGCAAGAAGUAAUAGAUUUUAUUAUGAAAC